AUGCCGAAGGAAAUAAUUACGCUACAGGUGGGCCAGUGCGGCAACCAGAUAGGCAUAGAAUUCUGGAAGCAGCUCUGCGCUGAGCACGGCAUCGACCAGGACGGGCGACUCAUAGGCAACGCCAAGGAUCAUCAGGAUCGCAAGGAUGUGUUCUUCUACCAGGCGGACGACGAGCACUAUAUUCCACGUGCGGUGCUCUUCGACCUUGAGCCGCGUGUUGUUCACGGCAUCAUGACAUCGGAGUACCGAGGUCUCUACAACCCGGAGAAUGUUUUCCUGUCUAAGGACGGCGGUGGAGCCGGCAACAACUGGGCGAGGGGGUACGCUUCCGCAGACCGAGUGCAAGAGGAUCUGUUCGACAUAAUAGACCGAGAGGCCGAUGGGUCGGACUCCUUGGAGGGCUUUGUGCUUUGCCACUCGAUAUCUGGAGGCACUGGCAGUGGAAUGGGGAGCUACAUGCUAGAAAUGCUGAACGAGAGGUACCCCAAGAGGCUUAUACAAACCUAUUCCGUGUUCCCGCACCUCACGACGGAAACCAGCGACGUCGUGGUGCAACCGUACAACAGUAUUUUGACGUUAAAACGGUUGGCCCUCAAUGCUGACUCCGUGGUCGUGCUGGACAACGCCGCACUCAAUCGCAUACUCGUGGAGAAGCUCAAGGUGACCACACCUUCCAUACAGGAAACCAACUCGCUGGUUUCGAAUGUAAUGGCCGCAUCAACCGCCACUCUCCGGUACCCCGGCCCAAUCAACAAUAGCCUGCUCGGGCUGGUGGCAUCCCUCAUCGCAGUUCCACGAUGCCACUUCUUGGUCACAUCCUACACCCCUCUCACCCUCGAGAAGCACGUUUCGACCGUGCAGAAGACCACCGUGUUAGAUGUCAUUCGGCGACUGUUCCAGACGCAAAACAUCAUGGUAAACGAGGCAACCACCCGAACAAUACAUCGUCUGCAGAUGUCAGCUCCGAUGAAGGACGGACUCUACAUCUCCGCUCUGAACGUCAUUAUGGGCGACGUGGACCCCAGCGAGAUACAAAAAAGCCUCCAGAGGGUCAGGGAGCGGAAACUUGUUGAAUUCAUCAAGUGGAACCCGGCAUCCAUACAAGUUGCGCUGUCCAAGCAGUCGCCCUUCGUGCCACAGCAGCACAAAGUAUGCGGGUUGCUCUUGGCCAAUCACACGUCGAUCGCUGGACUAUUCCAACGGUGCAUACAACAGUUCGAUAAGCUCUACAGCAGAAGGGCGUUCCUCGACAACUACAAGAAGGAGGCGAUGUUCAGCAGCCCGGACGGUCACGGGAAUUUCGAGGAGAUGGAACACUCCAGAGAUAUCACGCAACUACUCAUAGACGAGUACAAACGUGCGGAGCAGGACGACUAUUUCGACUUGGGCUGCCAGCUGUAA